UAAAUUCAAAAUGAAUCAUUAGAGACUUCUGCAAAGCCACAGCUUUGAAAUGUCAGAUUAUCCCAUAUCGCACGUAUUCCAAGAGAACUGGAACUAUCCGCUUCGAAACGCAAUCAGCUUAACUCUGAAACGCAAUAAAUCCCUUUGACGCAUCGUGUGCUUGUUGUUCCCGUUAUUGAAUCGCCGAAAGCACACGAUUAAGACUCUGGCCGAUAAAUUCCCUUUUUUCAGAAGCAAAAAGGUUAACGUAAAAGCCUAUCUUUUGGACUACGUUUUGCCUAUCCAAUAUAAAAAGCGAAAAAUUCCCAUUGCCUAUGUUUCUGUCUUUCUCAAUAUACGUUAAUGGAUUCUGACAUGAAUAAAUCGAGUCGUACGGACUGAUUGAGUGGUUCAACUCGAUGCUUGACAUUUUUACACCAGCGACAAUUAACAACUAUAUCAUUGCGGCUUGUUUGAGACUCACAUAUAUCGUGGACGCGCGACGUGAGAUAAAUCGCGACAAAUCUUCGUGUGUAAAAAUAUCGGCUCACUAUUAAGAUAAUGGAAAGCAUGUUGAAGAUAAGAAAACAAAGGUAGCACUAGCAGGAUGUAUCUCCAUUCCGGGCAUAGAACAUUAAUCAGUAAGAACGACAGCCUGUUGCUCGUUAUUAAUCAAUAAAAAGAAGAUUUACCUUCAAUCAUCAUUUCGAGACGUAAUGGUACUUAAUUUGUACCAGUUUAUCAUUAAUGACAGAUUAAGGCCAAUUAAAGCGAAGGCGGUGGUAAGUAGUUUGUACCGCAGUUCUGGAGUUGAUUAUGAAAUAACAGAUAUAUAUUAGAUCUAGAUUGAUCAGACCGCAUCGAUAAGACGCAGUUGACUCCAACGCGGUUUCGAUUUUAGAAGUUACCAGUAUUCAGCUUAUCGCGGACGAUGAAAGAACUGACUGAUACUUAGUCGCUUAAUUGCAACCUUCGUGUGUAGAUAUGAGAAUAGAACAGUGGAAAAAAACAUAAAAUAACAAAAAUUAAAUUAAUUAUUUCGAACUGUUGAAGUGAAUCGUGCAAUCGCGCAUAUCGUAUUAUUUUCAAUUGAAAGUAUCGAUGUCCGAGUGACCUAAAAUUAAGCGUAUUCAAUAAAGAGAAAACUACUUGUUGGAUUCGUCGUUGAAGGCUGAAGCUUCGGAAUCUCACCAGAAGAAAUAGGGCAGCCGUUUCAUUCUCGUCUCACAUGGCUGCAACCACGAGUAUUGGCAUGGUAAAGGAAGCGGGACCAAGGGAUGAGAUUGUGACGCAAAUCUCGUCUUCCCAGGACAAGCAUCACGAUGAACAAACGGCAAAGCACGAACGGACACAAUGGAGACAAUGGCUAGCAUGUAUAUCAGCGACUCUAUCCAUGGUAGCAGUCGGCACCGUCUACGGAUGGACUACCACGUCGCUCUCACGACUCACAUCCGGCGCCAGCGACGUUCCAAUAAAGAUAACCGACGAUCAGGGCUCAUGGAUCGUAUCGUUGACGGUGAUCGGCUCAAUGAUCGGUCCGUUCCUUGGUGCCAGUCUUGCCGAUCGAUACGGCCGUAAGAAGUGCCUUUUGUUCGCAAGCGGUUUCUUCAUCGUCGGCUGGACAAUCGUCUUCUUCGCCCAGACUGUAGUUGCUCUUUACGUUUCUAGGAUGAUUCUCGGCAUUGGCGUGGGCAUCUCAUACACUACCAAUCCGAUGUACGUAUCGGAGGUCGCUGACGUCGAAAUUAGAGGUGCCCUCGGUACUUUGAUUGCCGUGAACGUGUUCACCGGUUCCUUGUUGACAUGUAGUAUUGGUCCAUGGGUAUCGUAUCAUGUUUUAACGGGUGUACUUCUCACGGUACCUAUCUUAUUUGUGGCAUGCUUCUCCUGGUUCCCCGAGACUCCUGCCUUCCUCGCAACCAGAGGUCGUAGAGCAGAAGCAACUAGGUCUCUAGCGUUCUUUAAAGGAAUUCGCGAUCGCGACGAAGCAAGGAGAGAAUUGGAGUACACUUUACGUAAUGUUUUUAUCGAAGACGUUUGCGAUAAUACUCCAGUGACCGGUCCUGGAGCUCGAACGGAACCCGUUAAGCGCAGCUGGAUGGGAAAACUGAAGCUGAUGUUGUUGCCCAGUAACGCCCGAGCUCUCGGCAUUAUACUCAGUCUAAUUGCUACGCAGCAACUCAGUGGAAACUUUAGCACUAUACAGUAUCUUGAAGUGCUCUUCAAGAAAGCAGCGAUCGGCAUCGAUUCCAACGUGGCUACGAUACUUGUGCUCGCGGUCGGCCUCAUCUCAUGCGGAUUAUCAACUGCGACCGUUGAAGGUGCUGGCAGACGUCCGUUACUAAUCGCCUCCACCUUGGGUUCUUCCAUUACCCUAGCAAUUCUUGCAAUAUAUCUUAUGCUAGACGAAAGAGGCGUCGACGUAUCAGCCGCAAAUCUUCUUCCAGUGAUCGAUGUGAUCAUCUUCCAAGUGGCCUACCAAAUCGGACUGGGUACUCUACCAAACGCGUUGAUCGGAGAAUUAUUUCCUACUGAGGUGAAAGCGUUCGCCGGUGCCAUUAUCAUCGUUUUCGACGGUGUGCUUGGUUUUAUCGUAUCCAAACUGUAUCAGGUGAUUGGCGAUUGGUUGGGUGCCGACACCGUUUACUAUUUCUUCGCGGGAUCGUGUUUACUGGCGUUCGUGAUGGUGAUAUUCGCCGUGCCCGAGACCAAAGGUCGGACGUUCCGUGAAAUUCAGGAACUUUUGGGAGGUAGCGAGAAGAAAAAAGAAGUCACCGAAUGUUUGCAGGAUCGAAAUAAUAUGGCAUGACAAAAAAGAACAUUUCGCAUAUCUUUACUGAACAUGGUGCGAAUUUACUAACGAGAUAAUCAUCGGACGUUCUUUCCAAAGCAACAAACAUUAAAACGGCAAUUACUUACUCUCAACUGUAUAUAAAAUGUACGUUUACACGUUUUUCACGCAACAAAAAACAGAGUGCAAAGGUGAAAUCGCUUUUGCCUGUUAAUCACGAUUUUUUUCGUCUGCUAGCGGAAAAUAAAGUGGUUUUUAUUAAUA